UUUAGUGAACGAGGAGUUGGAUAAACAAGUUUGAGGUCAUGAGUUGAAGUUUGAUUUAAUUAAUCUCUCUCUCUCUUGCUCUUCUUGUUCAAAGAUUGUCUGCUGAAUCCAGUCAAAAGAUUAGCUGAAGUUUGAGCGAUAUAUGAAGAAUGGCUUAUGCUGCUCUGAUUUCAGUAGGCGAAAUACUAGAGCAGAUCCUGAAUCUUGAUGAAUACUUGAGCAUGAGCCUAGUUGAGGAACAAAAGGUUAAAGAUCUUCGGGGAAACAUUACUUUCUGUCAGAUUUUUCUUGAAGAAUAUUCACAAAAUGGUGGUGAAACAGUUGAGAGUUUGGAAAUUCGGAUCAGAGACGCAGCGUACAAAGCAGCAGAUAUGAUUGAAUCUCGAAUUUCGAAUCAGUUUGUUUCAGAAUCAGCAAGUCCUGGAGAAUGGAGGCUUCCGAAGCAAAUGAUUUCUGCCCUCAACAACAUGAUUCCUGCACGCCAUCAUGAUCAAGAUUUGCAGUUGGUAUUACAGGAAAUUGAUUUGAUUGUGGAAGAGGUGAUGAUGUAUAUGAACAGCUGCAGAGUCUAUGACUGCCAACGCAGUGCUGCUUCUCCUAUUAGUUCAUCCCAACGUGCCAACAGCAGCAAAGUCAGGAUGGUGGGAUUGGAUGAUGACUUGAUGCAAAUAAAGGCUCGGCUUUGUGGCGGAUCGUCUCAACUCCAAACCAUCUCAAUUGUUGGGAUGGGAGGAAUUGGUAAGACUACGCUAGCUAAAAACAUCUUUGAUGAUGCAUCUCUUGGGUACUACUUCGACAUACGGGCCUGGAUGACUGUGUCGCAGAACUACCAUGUUCGCGAUAUCCUACUAGGCCUUCUUGGUAGCAUGAAAAUGUUAGGUGACGACAUGGAUCAAGAAAGCAAUACAAAAUUAGCUGUGCAUCUACACAAAUGCUUAAAACGCAGAAGGUAUCUCGUUGUGUUGGAUGAUAUGUGGGAUACCAAGGCUUGGAGUGAGAUGAGAAAUUUUUUUCCAGAUGAUGUUAAUGGUAGUCGAGUUUUGUUGACUACUAGACUGUCGGAACUUGCUGUUUAUGCCAACUCCUGCCCCCCAAUUCAUCAGUUGCGACUUCUUGAUCAUUAUCAGAGUUGGAUACUGCUCACUGAAAUUCUGUUUCCAGGGAAAAGUUGCCCUCCUCAGUUAGAAAAUAUGGGAAAGAAAAUUGCACAAAGUUGCAGGGGACUUCCACUUGCUAUCUGUUUGGUUGCAGGACUCCUUGCGGAAGACAAAAACAGAAUAGAUCACUGGAAGAAUAUUGGGGAAAAUAUUGCUGAAAAUUUAAAUAUGGCAGCUACCAGAUAUGAGGAGCAAUUAUCAAAGAUAUUCUCUUUGAGUUAUAACCACUUGCCUCAUCACCUGAGAGCAUGUUUCCUAUAUUUGGGAGUUUUCCCGGAAGACUACCAGAUCCGUGUAUCCCAGCUCAGUAAGUUAUGGGCAGCUGAGGGAUUCCUAAGACCUGUCAGUCAUAAAAGUUUUCAAGAGAUUGCAGAUGACUGCAUAGAGGAUCUUGCUAACAGAAGUCUUAUACUAGUUCACAAAUGGAAGUACAACGGAAGGAUCAAAACAUGUAGUCUUCAUGAUAUUUUAAGGGACCUCUGUGUGAGGAAAGCUAGAGAAGAGAAGUUUCUUGAUCAUGUCACGGAGAGGUAUACCAACGGUUUUCCAGAUAGCCUAAAGAUUCAGCGUCGAUUGAGUAUUCAUACUGAUGUUGUGGAUGAUGAUGACGACUUGCUCGACUCACCUGCCCGUUCACUUCUAUACUUCUGUCCCUAUGGCAGCGCAUUGUCAUAUUUCCAUUUCCAUUUCAGGCUGCUGAAGGUCCUGGAUGCCGCUAGAGUAUAUUUUGACGAGUUGCCUCUCGAAAUUUUACAACUAGUCCAUCUGAGGUACAUCGCUUUCACCCUAAACUGCAGGGGUUAUUGCACAUUUCCUUCAUCAAUACUGAAACUUCAUCAUCUUCAGACCUUAAUUGUUCAUAGAGGGCCGUCACUUAGACCGUUCAUAGAUGCAUUUUGCAUCCCAGUUGAAAUAUGGAAAAUGCCACAAUUAAGCAACAUUAGCGUGUUCUACACGAGCUUCUUAGCCGAUCCUUCAAGCCUAAACUUUGACAGGAGAACUCCUUGUCUUGUGAACCUACAAACUCUUUCUUACAUAACAAACUUCAACUUCAGCAAGAAGGCGGUCAGAAUGAUGCAAAAGCUGAAGAAACUGAACGUUUAUUAUGGCGCUGUCACCCUUGCAAGAAGAUCUGACUAUGGCCUCAACAAUCUUGUCCACUUACGUCAACUUGAAAAACUGCGCUUCAGUUAUCGCCGUUCUGUGUCCUGCAACGUCCCAACGCCCAUAUUUGCUUUCCCUCGAACGCUGAAGAAGCUGACUUUAUCAGAUUGUCGAUUUCCAUGGGACCACAUGACCGUUGUUGGUUCCUUGCCCCAAUCUUGAAGUGCUCAAACUAUUAUGGUAUGCGUUCUCUGGUAGAGAGUGGCAACCAGUUGUAGGAGAAUUCUCUCAACUCAAAUACCUGGCAAUUCACACCACAGACCUGGAGUGUUGGAAAGCCGAAAGCACAAAUUUCCCAAGGCUUGAGCACCUCCGCCUUGAAAAUUGCUCGAGACUAGAAAGGAUCCCAACUGAUCUAGGUGAAAUACUAACACUUGAACUAAUCGAGUUGCGAAGCUGUAGCUCCUCGGCCGUGGAUUCAGCAAAGGAAAUACUGGAGGAACAACAGAACCAGGGAAAUGAGUCUCUUCAAGUUAGUUUCUAUUCUUGAGGAAAGCUAGACCCUUCGCUGAUUGUUUUUUGCACUUGCAGUUUUUCUUCCACCAAAAGCCUGAUCGGAUCUAAAUUGCUUGGCACAAGGUUUCUGAAUGACAUAUACCGGUAAUAAUCCCAGCAAAAUCCAAGAAAGAAGGUGUAAAAUGUUGCUGAAGAGGAAGAGUUGGAGAAUGGGAAAUUGAACAACUCCCCGACUAAUUCAGUCCAAAAACAAGAUCCCAUGACCGACUUUACAAUGUUCCUGUGUGUAUAAACGGAAAUUUUGGAGAGAUCCCGUAUGGAAAAGUUGUCAAGAAUUCAUAUGUUCUUUCUUUCUUUUUGUUGGGGUUGGGGUUGGCAACUCAAAACAAUAUGGAUUUCUAAUAAUCUUGAUUUAGAACUCAACUUUAUGUUGUGUAGUAUAGGCUUAAAUGCAGUUUUCAUCCGGUAUUUUUUGCAUUUUGGUAUUUAGUAUUUUAUCCUUUUAGAAUAGCAAGUAAGUACUAUAAUUUUUUUAUUUUUCAUCAUUUUUGUUUUUCAAUCGCAGAAGUUUGCAAAUGUUGUCGGAAAAAAAAUAUGUAUCCUAGACGUGCUUAUAUUAAUUUGAGCUUUGUUCUCGUU